GGCUAUAAGACUCCGAUUGUCAAUACAUUAGUUUGCGGUAAAGUUAGGCAACAAUUGGGCGGAAAGUUACAGUAUAUGGUGGUCGGCAGCGCACCCCUCUCUCCACAACUACAGGCGCUCAUUAGGUGUGCGGUUGACGUCACACUAAUCCAUGGCUACGGCACGACCGAGACGUGCGGCGCCGCCCUGGCCACCGAUUUCAACGACCUAUCCUACGGCCGAGUGGGCGCCCCUCUAAACGGUGUCAAAAUCAAACUGUUAGACUGGGAAGAGGGCGGGUAUUCGCCCAGCGAUCGGCCCCACCCGAGGGGCGAGAUCUGUGUCGGCGGCAAAAUGAUAACAAACGGUUACUACCGGUUGGACGCCAUGAAUGAGCAAAGCUUUUAUGUCGAUCCCGACACCGGUUUGCGAUGGUUUAUGACCGGAGAUAUCGGCGAGAUUUACACCGACGGCACCGUUAGGAUUAUUGAUCGCAAAAAGGAUCUCAUUAAAUUGUCCAAUGGAGAGUUCGUGUCGUUGGGAAAAGUGAGCUAGCUCU